AUGUGUCUAUCCAACCCGGCCAUCGGCGUGACGGGGAAACGGGACCUGGCCACCCUGGCCGAAGGGGAUGACCGCAACGGUGAUUGGGAUGGUCCCAAACGCUCACGCCCGCGUAAGUCGAUCGGCAUGGCCCCCUCGCCGGGGGCCCGAGCCGGCAUGGAUGCCCUGGAUGCAUCGGUCUUGACGCCCAAAGUCUGGGAGGCCGUCUUCGACCUCUUUCAGUCUCAUUUCGCAACCCUCCUCCCCUUCCUCCACCCGGCAACCUUUCUCGGUCAGAUUCGACUCCUGUCAUCCCCACUGACCACGACGGUCCCCUCGCUCGAGGGUCCAGAUUCCACGCCGAAUGGAUCCCUCAAGACCGACCCAUCGUCCUCACUCAUUCCCUUGGGAGUGCUGACGCUCACGGCGCGCUUCCACGCGCCGCUGGUUGCCUUCCAUUCACCUCCCGCCCCGGGAACAACGUCGAACCCUUUGGCCGCAUCCGAAUACUAUGCGACCGCCCUCCGCAGCCGGCUGGCCGGACUCGAGGGCGCAUGCAUGGCAUCGGCCGACCUGCCCCGCGUACAAGCGCUGUUGAUGCUGGCCCUGCACGAGUGGGGCAUGUGCCGAGGAAGGAGUGCCUGGGUCUACGUCGGCAUGGCCAUCCGUCUCGCCCAGGCGAUGGGUCUGCCUUUCGAACUGGAGAACGAGUUCCCGGUCCCGGCGCUCGACCUCGCCCGCUCAUCCCCCGCCUUCAAGGCCGAGGCCGACCACUUUGGCUUGUCCCGACGGCUGGAGCCCCGGGAACCUACCUCCGACGACAUCAUCGCCCUGGAGACGAAGCGUCGGACUUUCUGGGCGUGCUUCUUGUUGGACCGCUGCCUGAGCAGCGGCAAGUAUCGGCCGCGGAUGAUUCGAGUCAGAGAACUCGACAUUCAACUGCCGAGUGAUAACGCCUUUGCCUUUGGCGAGCGGGUCCGCACCUCGCGGCUGACCGACUCUGGUGGGCGACGACCCCCCAGCUUUGGAUCCCAGAGUGUGCAGAUCCCCAGCAUCCGUCAGAGCAUCGGUGGAUUCGGUGACGAAAAGCUCCAGGCGGCCAAUGGCGUGGCGGACAGCAAAGCCUGGUCCCCCGUCUCCCGGCGCAAGGACUCCACCGAAGACGAUGUUGAUCGCUGGGAGAUCGGCGCGGAAGAGUCCGUGCUGAGUCGAGUCAUCCGCAUUAUUCGCAUCUGGGGAAGCAUCGCCAAGUGGUCGUGCGCCGGCGGACGACGGACGGAACAGUAUCCGCCCUGGCACCCCGAGUCGCGAUUUGCCUCGCUACGGAUGCGUCUGACCGGCUUCCAGGACAGCCUCUCGCGCAACCUGCAAUACUCACUUCGAAAUACCGAUACCCACCUCAUGUAUAAGACCACACUGGCCUCUUACACCGUCAUGCAUGUGGUCUACUUCCUGUCCGUCAUCGUCUUGCAUCGCGCCUAUAUCCCAUUCUUGCCCCUUCGGUGCAACGAGCCCGUCGGCCCGCUGGAUGAGCCGCUGCUUCCCUCGGACAAAGUGCACGGUCCCCCGGAGGGGUUCUGGCGUGACAGCGCGCGGGAGCUCUUCAAGGCCGCUCGUCAAAUGAUCGACCUCGUCGUCACCUGCCAGGCCCGGGGGGCCCUCGUCGAGAGCCCCUUGGUGGGCUUUGCCAUCUACAACGCGGCGUUCAUCGGCGUCUACGCAUCCCACUUCCCGCACAUGGACCCAGACAGUCUGAUGGGGGUUCGGUCUCCCCCGGCGAGUCAUGAUAGCCACCAGCUCGGGGCCGCGCAGGCUCGCAAGGCGCUGGACAUCUUGCGGGAGAUGCGACCUCGUCUGAAGAUGGCGCACGGCUGGUUCCGCACGCUGAACCGCCUGCACAGCUAUUUCUGCAAGGUCAAAAGGAACUUCCGUCGGUACUCGCGCAAUCGCCUGGACAGCAUCUCGGACACCUCCGACCACGCCGCUUCCAACGGUGUGCGGCCCGUCCGGGAGGGUGGACUGGGGGGCGGCCUGGAAGAAUUCAAGUUGCUUGAGAAGCUCUUCUUGGAGUUUGGAUCGAUUGAGGAUCAACUCCCCGACACCUGGGAGGAUGACGGUACCGUCCUUGCGAUCAACGGUGAACCCAUGCCCGAACGCAUGAUGAAUUUGAGUGAUGCCGGCAGCAACGCCGUCAAAAGCGACGCGGACGGCAGUGAGAUCUUCGAUGGCGCCAGCGGUCGUCGCGAGUCCUGGGUACCCAUCAACAGCCCCGGUCUCCCUCCCCCCGGCCGCGACAUGGAUCGCCGUCCUAGUCUUCCGCUGCCUAACACGCGACCGAUGCCGUCCCAAUCUCCAUACUCGUUGCCGUCCCUUCAGCAGCAUCAUCCCGACGGGGGAGGCAUGUACACCUCAUCGCCUCCCAGCCUGCCCAGCAUCGCUACCACCACCCAAUCUCCUUCUCAGUACCUCACGGCCACGUCCAACCGACUGCAACCGAUCAACUCGUGGUUACCAUCCCGUCCCUCGGUCCCUCCGCCUCCAUACUCCUCGUCAUUACCUCCGAUCAACGCCUCUGCCCCAAAUGGCCUUCCCGUACUCCCCCUUCCCGGCACAGUGACUCAACUGGCGCCUUCACCUCCUCUGACUUCCACAGAGGGACCCGAUACCAGUCUCUUGCUGACAACCAGUCUUGGAGGCGAUGAUGUCUUGGCCUUCUUAGAUGGAUGCGAUUCGGCACAGCUGUCACAGACUGCCCCGUCCGAGCUCGGCAUUCCAGCCGGUUGGCUCAGCACCGUCUGGGCUCAGUGGACGAGGUGA